GGUAAAGGUUUCUUUCUCCUCCAGUUACCUAUUUUGGAUUCUUUGGAAAUAGCAGCAUGUCUUCAAAUGCUGAUGAUGAGAGAGCUCACAUGUUGCCCGCAUCUAAUGAACCUUCAGGAAUCACUUUGUUAUCAUCCAUUAUAAAUACUACCGCCUUGAGAACACAGCAUAGUUUAACAAAAUCAGAGAUCGUCAGCGGAAUGGCGAACAGAUUUAUGUACUCCAAGUUCUAUAUUGGCCUUUAUUUAUCACUGGCAAUGCUUAGUUUCAUCACAAUUAUCAUGUCUUUGAAGGAAACUUGCCCUACGGCUUUAUUCAUUGUAUUUGAAGCAAUUAUCAACUUUGCAAUGAUUAUGGAAGUCAUUAUCCGGCUGCUGGCAUUAGGCAAAAGAUACUGGAAAUCAUUGUGGAAUAUUAUUGAUAUUAUAUUGGUUGGAUUGUGUGCCAUUACGCUAAUUGUAUUAACGACAGGGUGUUCGGUCAGUGAACGAAAUGAGGCGAUUUUUGAUACUGUUCUGUUAGUUAUACGUAAUGGCUUUCAAUUAGUGCGGCUGUUCAUGAUGCUUCGAAAAAAUCAGUAUUCCUUGAAUGCAAGAUCAACACGCAUCGAUUUCGAUGAUAUACCGGAUAUUGAAGAACGUAAUCCUUCAUUAGAAUUUACAGCCUUGGAUAGAGAAAAUGGAUUAGAGGACAAUUUUAUGGAUGUUGAAGAUACUGAUGUCGAACACGGUCGAUUCAAUUGAAACAUGGCAGCAUGUAAAUUUGUACAGAUAAAAUACCUGCUCAUUUCACACAAGCAUAACAAAAUUACAAAGGGAAACAAUUUAAUAUUACCCAGUUACGUCCUUAUUUACGUAGCAGUUUCCUUAACCUUACAAGACAAUAGAUAAGAUCCAGAUUCAUACCAAAAUAGCAUCUUUCAAUAUU